UAGCACACUCUCGUCUCGAACACCCUAACCUAAUAUUCCAUAGUCUCCCUCAUCUCCUGCUACCUUCAGACCCAUGGACCAGCACCAGACCAGACCAGUCCGACCCUUCCUUCCUCUUCACCAAGCCAUACUCCACGAAUAAACAGAUCCUCAUCCUCACUCCCUCCUUCCUCUCUAUCAGUGGAUCCCUCACUCCCUCUCUCUAGGAUAACUUACCUUUUUCUUCUUUGCUAAAAAAAAAAAGAAGAAUCAAGCAAGGUUCCUCUCCAUCUCUCUCUCACUCUCAGUUCUCACCUCAGGCAGCGACUAGGAAGGGUUCAAUCUCAGGUAAUAAACAAAGAUCAAAGCACAACGGCGAAAGAUUAAAAUUGGUUGAGUCAGAAAUCGACGUCUAAGAGUAGUAGAUAUACUCUACACCUCUACAGAGGGAAAGGGAGUCGCUGCAAAUGGCUGGAACAACUCCGACUACAUACUCUCCAUCACUGAAGACCCACAAAAAGGGUUCCAAAAACCACGACGUCGAUUGGGUUCGACCUGAUGGCCGUGAUUUUCACCAAUGCAGGCUUGCCUUUUUCAAGACUGGGGCUGUAAAUGCUGCUGCAGGAUCUGCUUAUGCAGAGAUUGGGUUAACAAAAGUCAUUGUGUCUGUAUUUGGGCCAAGAGAGAGUAAGAAGGCAAUGAUGUACAGUGAUAUUGGAAGGUUGAACUGUAAUGUGAGCUAUACAAGUUUUGCCACUCCAGUGCGUGGACAGGGGUCAGACAACAAGGAGUUUUCUUCAAUGCUUCAUAAAGCUUUGGAAGGUGCUAUCAUCUUGGAAACCUUCCCCAAAACAACUGUGGACGUUUUUGCACUGGUGUUGGAAUCUGGUGGCAGUGAUCUACCUGUUGUAAUUUCAUGUGCUAGUGUAGCUCUGGCAGAUGCAGGGAUAAUGAUGUAUGACCUUGUAACUUCAGUUUCAGUGUCUUGCCUUGGAAAAAACCUUGUAAUUGACCCAGUUUGGGAAGAGGAAAGCUCCCAAGAUGGAAGCUUAAUGAUAACGUGUAUGCCUAAGCGAUACGAGGUCACUCAGCUAACUAUCACAGGGGAAUGGUCAACCCCAAAAGUUAAUGAGGGAAUGCAGCUAUGCGUGGAUGCUUGCUCAAAGCUUGCGGAGAUCAUGAGAACAUGUUUGAAAGAAGCAGCUUCCGAUUAUGAAGAAUAGCAUGAAAUUUAUUUCAUUACAAAUUGCUGUUUAGUGAAUUUUUGGGUCAUUUUAUGGCUCCUUUUUUUGUUUCUUUUAUACAUCCAUGAAACUAGUUUUUUUUUCCAUGCAAGAGUAGGCAAUAUUUUAGUGUUAGAUAGCAAACAUAUAUUUUCUAUAAAAAAUAACAUAACCGUAAUUAGCAAGUUUUAAGAAAAGGAAAAGCAAAACCAGAAUUUUUAUAUAUUAUAAUUCUAAAUCAAUGUACCAUACAUGUACUCUUG